CUGCCUCUCAACCCACCGAUACUCGCAUUCUCGACCGCAUUCUCCCAACUUACUACUACAGCACCGCUAAACCGUCACACACAACCUCGCCGCUACCUGCCGCCAGCAGCCAUGGCGAAUGAUGAUCAGCUCAAGCUCACAUUCGCGCAGGUGCUGAAGAAGAAUCUUCCCGCAUCUACUUCGCUCGAAGAGCCGGUUGUCGCGGAUUCGCAUAACGGCGAAGAGGAUAGCGCGGAGCAGACCCCAGCAACCGACGCCCCGCCUCAGCCUUCAACUCCAGCGUUGUCAGCAGCCAUAGACAACAUCACGGCCGAUUUUGAGAAGAAGGUGAAAGAGUUGUUUGAGAGAAGACAGCGAGAACGAGAGGCCGAUUACACGCCCACCCGGAGGGUCCUGAAGUCCUCGAGGUUUACCUCAGCGGGCACUCGAUCCCCUUCCGCAAUUCCCGACCGCUCUCCUCUUCCACAAGUUCCAACAUCACUGCGAACAGUCGCCACGACCAGCUCAGCCCUGGCUCGACUACUACAAGAAGCAGCGCCAGCCCCGCCUCAAGACGAGGGUGAAAGUGGGGGCUCCGACAGCAACGUUGCUCCCAUGGCGCCCAUUGCCCCGCCGUCCACCGAUUCCGAACUUAGCGACGCCUCCGAUAACGAGAGCUUGCUCAACGACGACCUGCAGUUGCUACCACAAGAGUUCAUCGUCCCUCUCCCCAUAGAGGGGCGGCAGGUUAGCAUGUACAGAGACGCGAUCAACCACAGCAAGGACAUACUGAAAGCCUUUGCUAAGCACCCUCAGGGAUUUUCUGAGCAACACAAGGUCGACGAGGUACUGCAGCGGCUACGUUGCAUCGAGACAUACAUGGAUCUUAUCUACAGCGAAAGCUGCACCUCGCAAGUCAUCGGAGCAUCCACACAUGUUCAACAACAGGCGCAAUGGACCCUCGACAAUUCCGUCAAGUUCAGGUUCUUAGGAACUCUAUUACACAAACUACGGGAGCGCGACAUGCAUGUCAUACUCGUCAUUGAGAAGGACGAUGAGCGCCUGUUCGACAUAGUCGAGACGUUCCUGAAGGGCAAGUUCGUUAACCUCAAGUCUCCCACGCGUGGUCGACAAGCGGACCUCGCACAUGUUGAAGGCAAUGUAAUGGUGACAGUGCUGUCGAGCAACUCCAGCCCCGUUGUACGACCGCCAGAUCUCGUCGUCUGCCUUGAUGGCUGCCUCGAAGCCGCACAGAUCCGGAAGAAGAGUUGGACUAUGACCCCAGAUCGAUCUGUGGUUCCGCUCAUUCACCUGGUCAUUCCCAGGACUGUCGACCAUAUCCAGCGAUACGUCUCUCAAAACCUCAGACGACUGCACACCAUCAUCGCAAGCCUGGCACAAUUCCAGGGUGAAUAUGGACACGCAAUGUAUGCGCAUAGUCCUCGAACAGAUGUCGCAGCUGAGGGCGUCGUUGCUUUCCUCGUCGCAAGCGAAGAAGACGGUCAAGCGCAGGCUGACUGGCCUCUCCCGACCAUUAGUAGCAUUAAGGAGUUCCAAUCACAGCAGUCACAAGAAACUAUCACUUCGCCGCCGCCUGGUCCUGCGGCAUCAGCGAAGCGACCCUUGGAUGCCAAGGCCCUCCAUCCUGCCAAACGCAUGCGCUCGGCGCUACAGCCGCAGACAAGCCCAACCCAGCUCGAGCGAGAUUAACGAGAUCACGCACAUGGUUAUGGACGAUCAGAGAAAGCUUUGAAAACGUACUGCUGAUCCGCCCAGAGGGGUUUCGUGAUACGUUGUUGCAGUUAUUUUGCUUAGGGGAAGUUGAUAGUGCUAUUUUGAAUAGCGAAAAGCGUGCCAUAUCUACUUUGAGGCUAAAGUGUAUUAACUAUUGAUUGAUUUCGGU